AUGCAAUUCAUCUCAGACAUAUUAGUCAUCUCAGACAUAUUACUAGUCAUCUCAGACAUAUUACUAGUCAUCUCAGACAUAUUACUAGUCAUCUCAGACAUAUUACUAGUAAUCUCAGACAUAUUACUAGUCAUCUCAGACAUAUUACUAGUCAUCUCAGACACAUUACUAGUCAUCUCAGACAUAUUACUAGUCAUCUCAGCCAUAUUACUAGUCAUCUCAGACAUAUUACUAGUCAUCUCAGACAUAUUACUAGUCAUCUCAGACAUAUUACUAGUCAUCUCAGACAUAUUACUAGUCAUCUCAGACAUAUUACUAGUCAUCUCAGACAUAUUACUAGUCAUCUCAGACAUAUUACUAGUCAUCUCAGACAUAUUACUAGUCGUCUCAGACAUAUUAGCCAUCUCAGACAUAUUACUAGUCAUCUCAGACAUAUUACUAGUCAUCUCAGACAUAUUACUAGUCAUCUCAGACAUAUUACUAGUCAUCUCCGACAUAUUACUAGUCAUCUCCGACUUAUUACUAGUACUCUCAGACAUAUUACUAGUCAUCUCAGACAUAUUACUAGUCAUCUCAGAAAUUUUACUAGUCAUAUUAGACAUAUUACUAGUCAUCUCAGACAUAUUACUAGUACUCUCAGACAUAUUAGUCAUCUCAGACAUAUUACUAGUCAUCUCAGACAUAUUACUAGUCAUCUCAGACAUAUUACUAGUCAUCUCAGACAUAUUACUAGUCAUCUCAGACAUAUUACUAGUCAUCUCAGCCAUAUUACUAGUCAUCUCAGACAUAUUACUAGUCAUCUCAGACAUAUUACUAGUCAUCUCAGACAUAUUACUAGUCAUCUCAGACAUAUUACUAGUCGUCUCAGACAUAUUAGCCAUCUCAGACAUAUUACUAGUCAUCUCAGACAUAUUACUAGUCAUCUCAGACAUAUUACUAGUCAUCUCCGACAUAUUACUAGUCAUCUCCGACUUAUUACUAGUACUCUCAGACAUAUUACUAACCAUCUCAGACUUAUUACUAGUCAUCUCAGACAUAUUACUAGUCAUCUCAGACAUAUUACUAGUCAUCUCAGACAUACUACUAACCAUCUCAGACAUAUUACUAGUCAUCUCAGACAUAUUACUAGUCAUCUCAGACACAUUACUAGUCAUCUCACGCCUCGUGUAUCAUUAG